GAGUCCACUGACACGGAGCUGAGGAGCUGCAGGAGGGGAAGUCAACACACGAGCGGAGCCGAUUCCUGCUUCAACCACCGGCACAAAUCCUCCCGCAACCACCGCUGUCAAUUCUCCGGCUGCGAUUCAGAUCCACUGCGGGAGACCGAGAUGUCCCAGGAGGCAGCGAACGGGGGGUCGCCCCGCGGCCGGGUGCUCACUCUGGAGAACAUGAACCCCAACGUGAAGCGGGUGGAGUACGCGGUCCGGGGCCCCAUCGUCCAGAGAGCGGUGCAGAUAGAGAAGGAGCUGAAAGAGGGAGUCAAGAAACCGUUCACAGAAGUCAUCAAGGCAAACAUCGGCGACGCCCACGCCAUGGGUCAGAAACCAAUCACAUUCUUCCGACAGGUCUUGGCGUUGUGUUCUUACCCCGAGCUCCUGGAAGAUGACAAGUUUCCCUCAGACGCCAAACAGAGAGCGCGGCGUAUUCUCGAGGCCUGCGGCGGCCACAGUAUAGGGGCGUACAGUGCCAGCCAGGGGAUCGAGUGCAUCCGUCAGGAUGUGGCCCGCUUCAUCGAGAGGAGAGACGGUGGAAUCCCCUCCAACCCUGACCACAUCUACCUCUCCACCGGGGCCAGUGAUGCCAUCGUGACCAUGCUGAAGUUGCUGGUGUGCGGUGAGGGUCGGGACCGUACGGGGGUGAUGAUCUCCAUCCCUCAGUACCCGCUGUACUCGGCCGCCCUCGCCGACCUGGCUGCCGUGCAGAUCAAUUACUACCUGGAUGAGGAAAAGUGUUGGGGUUUGGACGUUGCAGAACUCAGGAGGUCACUGACCGAAGCCAGAAAGCACUGCAACCCCCGGGUCCUGUGCAUCAUCAACCCUGGAAACCCCACCGGUCAGGUCCAGAGCAGGCAGUGCAUCGAAGACGUGAUCCGAUUCGCUAAAGAGGAGCAUCUCUUCCUCAUGGCUGAUGAAGUCUACCAGGAUAAUGUGUAUGCAGAAGGCUGUAAAUUUCACUCCUUCAAGAAGGUGCUGUUUGAGAUGGGACCAGAAUACUCAAGCACAGUGGAGAUGGCCUCUUUCCACUCUACCUCCAAAUGCUACAUGGGAGAGUGUGGAUUCCGUGGAGGUUACAUGGAGGUGAUCAACAUGGACCCUGAGGUGAAGGCCCAACUCAUCAAACUGGUGUCGGUGCGUCUGUGUCCCCCCAUCCCCGGACAGGCUCUGCUAGACCUGGUGGUCAACCCCCCGCAGCCCGACGAGCCGUCCUACACCCUGUUUAUGAAGGAGCGGACGGCGGUGCUGGCGGCGUUGGCAGAGAAGGCCAGGCUAACAGAACAGAUCUUCAACACAGUGCCUGGCUUCACGUGUAAUCCGGUCCAGGGGGCCAUGUACACCUUCCCCCGCCUCAACUUAUCUCAGAAGGCCAUCGACAAGGCCAAGGAAGAAGGCCAGAUCCCUGACAUGUUCUACUGUAUGAAGCUGCUGGAGGAGGAGGGGAUCUGUCUGGUGCCCGGUAGCGGAUUUGGGCAGAGAGAGGGAACCUUUCACUUCAGGAUGACCAUACUGCCGCCCACCGACAAGUUGAAAUUUGUGCUGGAGAAGAUCCGCGACUUCCACCUGAGGUUCACUCAGGAGUUCUCCUAACGAUCCUCCAACCCGGUGCUGCAUCUCCAGAACAAACUCAGUCCCGGUAUCUUCAAGUGCCUUUGAGCCCAUUUCACAUCAGUGAAGAACCUUGAACAUAUUUUUGAGAGAGCUAGUGAAAAUAUGUGCCCUUAUGCACAUAAAGCUUAUCAAGAUUAUAAGUGCACAAUGAACUUACCCGGCCAAUUUUGUAAAGUUCACAAGUUGUUUUUAGAUGGAUAAUAUAUUUCAGACGUCACCUGUGACAAGUGCAUCUCUCUCCAGCCAAGACUUUUUGUUUGUGUAAAGGCUCAUUUAUUCUCAAUGUUAAAGAAAGACAGAGCCCUCCGUCCACACUCUGCAUUGAUUUUGUCUGAUGUUGUGCACGUCCUCUGGAAGCUCCCAGGUACGGAAGAGUAUUACUGGAAAUCACGGAGGGCAGUGUAGCUCGUGGUUCAAGUGAGACAACUCCAGGAAGCAGGCAGAAAUUGGAACUAAGAAUUUUUCGGUCACAUGUGGGAGUAUAUUGAAUCGCCUCACUGACCACAGCAGUUAAAAACGAUGCUUUUACCUGUUUCUCAUGAGGUACAUUAAUCACUAUCUCCUCCAACUUCAACAUGUUUGUCAGAAACCCAACUGUGUGCUGCCCUCUAGUGGAUAUAUUGCCUAACAACUGUGCCAACAUGAGGCACAUAUUACAUGGAACUAGUCAGUGAUGACAUAGCUUUUAAAAGCUGUUUCUGUUUUCAUGCGUAGAGGCAGAAUAAAUGAGCCUUUAAGUGAUUACUUGAUUGACCUUGCUGUCUGUGAAUGAGAGUGAGUGAGAAUGAGUCCUGCCAGUGAAAUCCUUAACUGUCUCUUACUAAUUGUUCUAAAAUGACAUUAAAACACUUGAAUUAAAAAAUAAAAAUUCAUGCUGGAUCUUA